AUGGCUUCGAUGGAUGAGCCUGGAUCUAAUAUCUGGGACGCAAGUGAUGUUCAGGGCUUCAGUUUUGAUGACUGCUGGGUGGCUUGCCUACGCUCCUCGCUAACCGAUCUGAGAAGUGGCGGGAUAAGCUCAUGGCCGAUUGACAUGUUCGUUUCAUUGGGAGCCAAACGCAAGCUGAUUCAACUAGCCGCAGAAACGCUGGAUGGUGAUUUCCUAAUAAAAGUGAUCCUAAUCGUAAGAUCACGACUUGAUCGAGACCUUUUCUUUUCUAUUCUUCUUGAAAAUGAACUCGGGUACAAGCACUACCUACAUUUCCUUGCUGAGACUUCGCAAACAUCGGAGGCGGAUGAACUAAUGGUGACUGAACUGAAAUCUACUCCUUCUCUUGCCCUCAUGCAUGAGUCAAUUACCAACGCCGCAGAUUUGCUGAAGUUUCAACUAAAAAUCAGGUCGGAAUGGGUUGCUUUCCUCAGCCACCCGCAGGAGGGCCCGAUAAAAUCGAUGCUGAGCGAGCUGGAGGGCUCCAUUGUAGGGCAAAAUCUGGCGAACACGAUUCUCGCUUGUGUUCUGAUGGACAAGAAUGUGUCUAAAGGCAGUCGCGCUGAGCAACUCAAAACGACUUUCAAGGUGAUCUAA